GUCCCCGACCCCUAUUUAGCUUCACCCAACUCAUUCUUCUCUUGUCUGAGAUUGUCCAAUGGAGUUGUUCUACUUUCUUCUGUUCGGUGCUCUCUCGGCCGUGGUGGCAGCUUUGGAGCUGAGCAAGAGGAACAAGGAUCGCAUUAUUACCUCCUCCACUUUCACACUCUUCAAGAACAAUUAUCUCCUCGUUUAUUCUCUCAUGAUGGCCGGGGAUUGGUUGCAGGGUCCAUAUGUUUACUACCUCUACAGCACUUAUGGGUUUACAAAGGGCGAUAUUGGACAACUCUUUAUUGCUGGGUUUGGUUCGUCUAUGUUGUUUGGGACAAUUGUAGGGUCUCUAGCUGACAAACAGGGUCGGAAGAGGGCAUGUGUUACGUACUGCAUAACUUACAUCCUAAGUUGCUUCACCAAGCAUUUUCCUGACUACAAAGUUUUAAUGUUGGGACGCGUACUAGGAGGCAUUGCAACUUCUCUACUUUUUUCAGCUUUUGAGUCUUGGCUUGUUGCAGAACACAAUAAGAGGGGCUUUGAACAACAAUGGCUUUCACUCACAUUCUCUAAGGCCAUUUUUCUUGGUAACGGUCUGAUUGCUAUUGUAUCUGGGUUAUUGGGGAAUCUUCUGGUAGAUACUCUGGCAUUCGGUCCAGUUGCUCCAUUUGAUGCUGCUGCCUGCAUUUUGGCAAUUGGCAUGGCAAUCAUAUUGGCAACAUGGGGUGAAAACUAUGGAGACUCAUCAGAUAACAAGAACUUGCUGACCCAGUUCAGGGGUGCUGCUAUAGCCAUUGCUUGUGAUGAGAAAAUCGCUUUGCUGGGUGCCAUACAGUCCUUAUUUGAAGGCUCAAUGUAUACCUUUGUGUUUCUCUGGACUCCUGCUCUGAGCCCAAAUGAUGAGGAGAUUCCACAUGGUUUCAUUUUUGCAACAUUCAUGCUAGCGUCAAUGUUGGGGAGCUCUAUUGCAUCUCGAUUGAUGGCCAGCUCAGCCCCCAGAGUCGAGAGCUACAUGCAGAUUGUAUUUGCAGUUUCUGCAGCAUCCCUUCUGUGCCCCAUUGUGACUAGUUUCUUGAUUGCACCUUCCAAUGUGAGAGGUGGGGGCAUCUCGUUCUCAGGGUAUUUUCAAAUUUUUGGAUUCUGCACAUUUGAGGCCUGUGUGGGGAUAUUCUGGCCAUCUAUCAUGAAAAUGAGAUCACAAUACAUCCCAGAGGAGGCACGAAGCACCAUCAUGAACUUCUUUCGCAUUCCUCUCAACAUUUUUGUGUGUGUAGUGCUGUACAAUGUCAAUGCAUUUCCCAUCACCAUCAUGUUCGGUAUGUGCUCGAUUUUCCUCGGUACGGCUGCUGUGUUGCAGAGACGGCUCUUUGUGAUAACUGAGGGUGGCAGCCAUAAGUCAAAAUCAUCACUAGAAUGGAUACCAAUGGAGAUGGACACUGAAGCGGAGCCAUUAAAUGACUGAUUGAUGAUAGAGUUUGAUGCAGCGACUUCAAAACAGGGUAUAGAGGAUAUUCAAGGGGCAAUCAGCUGGUUGCUAUAACACAAAGAAAUGAUUAACUAAACAGUGUAGUUGCUGUGUAGUAACCU